AUGGAUCAAUCCCUCUACAAAGAUUUCACCACCUCUCGUGGUUUCGUGUACCAUUAUCUCUUUUCCACCGGAGAUGCCUCUAAGUCCGUCUUGCUCUUUAUCCACGGCUUUCCGAGUACCUCGUAUGACUGGAAGCACCAGGUCACCUUCUUCGAAGAAAAAGGCUAUCCUCUUAUCGUUCCCGACAUGCUCGGGUAUGGAGGAACAUCCAAACCCAUCGAUCCGAUCCAUUACAAGCACCGUUUACUGGCGAAAGACAUGAUAGAAAUUUUGGAUGCCGAGAAGGUCCACCGUACAAUUGUUAUUGGACAUAACUGCCGCAUGGCCAACUACUAUCCCGAUCGAUUUCUCGCAUUCGGAUUUCUUGCUGUUGGAUACUAUCUAGCCUUUUCGCUUUCGUACGAAGUCAUGAUGCAGCAGGUCAAGUCGACCCUUGGUAUUGACUUAUUUGGUUACUGGGAUUUCUUUUCUGAAGAGGGUCCCCGUGAUAAACUGGACGCCUUUUGUACUGGCGAUGAUCCUGAGCUUUGGAAACAUUAUAUGGGUCCCCCUGGAGCGAUGAAAGCAUGGGUGGAGAAUAAGAAGACGACUGCGGUUGGUUCGUUCCUAACCGAAGAGGACCGACGAGUUCAGAGAGAGGAGCUACGCAAGGGUGGACUUGCAGCCCCCGUUUGUUACUACAAAGCUGUAUAUAGCACCAUCGAAGCAGACGACUAUCAAGCGAACCCCCCUACGGCUCUGAAGGUGACAAAGCCUGUAUUCUUUGGUGGUGCUUUGAGAGAUUUCGUCGCCUUGUACAACGUGAGCGAGGCAGUCACUAAAGAAAACUGCGAGGACGUGACCAUUCACGUAUAUGACACGGGUCAUUGGGUACAAAUGCAAGCCAAAGAUGAAGUAAACCAGGAUAUGUUGACGUGGAUCCAGGAUGUGGAAGCCAAGACGAUGGUGAGCUAG